UUUCGUGUCGUGUAUACGUGUAUACGUUCGUGUGCGUGUGUUGUCCAUCAUGAGUCACGGAACCCAUGGCCACCUCUCGCCGAUCACUUUUCGUAAUUAACUCUCCCUCGCGUCGACGACAGUGAUAAUGCGACUGUGAUCGCGGGAGCACGUGGGAUGUGCUCGCUCUCGUGUUUCGGGAAAGCUCGCGCUGCUAGAAAAGAUGGCUCUGACAACCGGUAAUCGCAUCCCUUUGACCGUCGUCGUCGUCGUUGCGUGCACUUAGUUUCGUGCGUGUUCGCUCUUCCUCCCUUCAUCCCUCGCUCCCUUUCACUGUCAUCUUCGCGUACUUUCCAGUACGCGAGGAAGAUCCCUCGGGUAUCUCGGUUCGUACCUUGUCGCGCCGUCGACGACGACGACGCUCGUUCCUCGAACUUCUUUUCACUCGCGUAAUGUAUUUUCGCGAGACCUCCGGAAAGUAUCAACCUCGGGAUGGGACGUCGUAGCUGUCGCUCAGAGAGAUUUCUAGAGGUGUUAAGGGCGUACGAGAGAGGAUCGAGACUGCACGUGGUUACGCGUACACAUUUUCUGUCCAUUGGAUUUUUUUCUUCUCAUUGAGCAUCUUCAGAAAGUUGUCUCGCUCAUCGAAUACAGCAGUGGCAGACAAAAGCAUGGAUCAGACAAGGAACAGGCCGAGUAGGCCACGAUUACGGUCGCACGGUAACUCUGCCAGGGUACUUGUAUUUGAUCAGAAUGAAACAGAUGAAACUGCAAACUGUAAUGUCGAAACGGAAGCAGACAAACGUCCAAUCCCACCAAAAGUCGAGAGCAAAGAGGCUCCGGUUCGGCCUGUCAGCGGUGAACUGUCGAAUCUUGUACGAAUGAGAAAUUCUGCAAUUGGAAAGUCGGCACCUUCUCUAUCGGUUCACAUGCGUGAUUUUAACAUUCCUCGUCGUACCGCUAAAGCAGCUCAUCGCAAAUCUUUCAUUACGACCACGUCGCCUACUUUACCACGUUGCCAUUCACCCUUAUCAGCGUUCGUCCCGAUUGUAGGCAGUCCUCUAGAGAGUCCUAGGAUGUCAUCCAGUCCACACUUUGCUUUUGCUCCAAUUAAAAGAAUUGGCGCAAGUGCUACAGGAACUGGCGACGGCAGAAGGUGGUCAGUUGCCAGUUUACCGUCCAGCGGCUAUGGAACGACGCCUGGUUCCAGUAAUGUCUCGUCGCAAUACUCGAGCCAAGAGCGUUUGCAUCAACUGCCGAACGUUCCCACCAAGGACGAGCUGCGUAUGUUAUCUUGCCACUUUUCCAAACCUGGAACACCGUGUUCUUCGCAUCCAGGUUUCCCAGGUUCCGGCAUGUCCAGUAUUCCAGGUAGCGCGUCUCUCAGUCUCGAGGAAGAGGGUCGUCGAUCGCCGUUGCAUCGUCCACGUUCCCGUAGUUUGAGUAGUCCCAGUCGAUCGCCCGUUCUUGACAAUGAAAUUGUCAUGAUGAACACUUUGUACAAGGAGAGAUUUCCAAAGGCGACGCAACAAAUGGAAGAACGGUUAACCAAUUUCAUCAAUGAGAAUAAGGAGAUCGAUGAGUACGAGGUUGUGGCUAACAUGACGCAGGAUUCGCUACCGAUUUUACGCUUCGUUCAUCAUCAGGUGAUCGAGAUGGCCAGAGACUGUUUACAAAAAUCUCAAGAAAAGUUAAUUACAACGAGAUACUUUUACGAGAUGAGUGAAAAUUUGGAACAUCUGUUAAUGGAGACCAAGGACAAAUCUUUGGAAGCCGCAACGAGACUAACGGGACUGAUAAAGAAACUCUUAUUAGUUAUAUCGCGACCAGCUCGUCUUUUGGAGUGUUUGGAAUUCGAUCCCGAGGAAUUCUAUCACUUGCUCGAGCAAGCUGAGGGUCAGGCUAAAGUCAGUGCGGGAAUCAAAACUGAUAUUCCACAAUAUAUCAUUACGAAGCUCUCCUUAAACAGAGAUCCAAUAUCUGAAUUGCAAGAAGAUUUGAAUAAAUUGGAAGACUCGGCGAGUUCCAGCGACAGCAAUUUGCAAGUGACGUCGAGUCCAAACAAGGAUGACGACAAGUGUCAACGUAUCCCGUGCGAGAGUGACUACGAAGUGCUGAAGCUCAUUAGUAACGGCGCCUACGGCGCGGUGUAUUUGGUCAAAGAAAAGACCGCUCGACAGAGAUUUGCUAUGAAGAAGAUCAAUAAAAAUAACCUGAUGCUACGGAAUCAAGUGGAACAGGUGUUCGCCGAGAGGGACAUAAUGAGCUUCACCGAUAAUCCGUUUGUAGUCUCCAUGUAUUGCAGUUUCGAGACCAAGAAACAUUUGUGCUUAGUAAUGGAAUACGUAGAGGGAGGAGACUGUGCAAAUCUUUUAAAGAAUAUAGGUCCGCUGCCGCCGGAUAUGGCGAGAUUUUAUUUCGCGGAGACUGUCUUGGCUGUUGAAUAUUUGCACAGUUACGGCAUCGUACAUCGGGAUUUGAAGCCUGACAAUUUACUCAUCACUGCCCUGGGACACAUUAAGCUUACCGACUUUGGCCUGAGUAAAAUGGGUCUGAUGUCCUUGGCAACGAAUCUCUACGAGGGUUACAUUGAUCGGGAUACACGGCAAUUCUCGGACAAGCAGGUGUUUGGCACACCAGAGUACAUUGCUCCGGAAGUUAUAUUGCGCCAGGGUUAUGGCAAACCGGUCGAUUGGUGGUCCAUGGGUAUUAUUUUGUACGAGUUUCUGAUUGGAUGCGUGCCCUUCUUUGGCGAGACACCAGAGGAAUUGUUCGCUCACACGGUAAACGACGACAUCGAAUGGCCGGACGAAGACGACUGGCCUGUCCAACCCGAGGCGAAGGACAUUAUAACGGCUCUUCUACAUCAGAGUCCUAGGGAUCGAUUGGGAACUGGUGGAUCGCACGAGGUCAAGGAACAUCCGUAUUUUUAUGGGGUAAACUGGAACAGCUUGCUCAGGCAGAAAGCAGAGUUUGUCCCACAACUGGUUAACGAUGAGGACACGAGUUACUUUGACACUCGUAUGGACAGAUACAACCACGACCUGGGCGACGAUACGGACGACACCGACGAUUCCCCCCUGUUUGGAUCCUUCUCCUCUUAUUCGCCUCAAUCGCGCAAAAUCUCGCAGACUCGUCCUCCUCAGCUAAAUCUUGACGCGGAACCGGACAUUUCGAGGAAACAGCCGUUCCGUACCGAGCUCGAGGGCACGGUCGCGCAAUUCUCCCUCGGAUCGAACGUGCCUUCGGUCACACCGCCGUUCAAAUUGGCCGAUCAGUCGUCCGCGCAAUCGUCCGAGAGGCAUCGACCACCCGUCUCCACGGUAAAGAGCAGUUCCUGCGUCGAGAAUCAAAAUAGAACCGACAAAUCAAACGCCAGCACGUCGUCGUCCAGCAGCGCGAUUUCCACGAUUCCCGCUGCUGCGAUUUCAUCGAGCAACGAAUCUCAGUUGACGAUCAUCAAAAGUACUCAGACAGAGGGAACGUCGAUUAACCUGAGUACACCCGACUCCUCGCAGACCGAGUCUGAUGAUAUCAGCCCUCAGAUCCAGAGAAAGCGACAUACGCACUCGCGUGAAAAGCUGCCCAGGUUCAGUAUAUCCGUUGACGAUGAACACAUAUUGGAUCUCUCGGCGGCGAAUAAAGACGCAGCGGACGAGAACAAGCACAAUUCCAGCACCGACUCUUUCGAAUCCUUCAGUGCCAUAUCCAUGCUGCCAUCCGCCCGACAAAAGUCUAGAUCCGUCAUCAAAUCCGCCUCGACCAGCGGACUAUCACUGGUGAUCCCGACCAGCGACUUUUCUUAUGACGCGCCGCUAAAUGCUCAACCCAUCGAGUCGCCCGGUGGAUCGUCUACGGCGUCCUCGCGGGAUACCUCGCCCUGCCGCGAGCUGAGCCCUCUCGUUACUAGUCUGAAACCGCCCAUUAUCAUCCGUCGGGGACCGUGUGGCUUUGGUUUUACCGUACACACCAUCAGGGUUUACUAUGGCGACAGCGAUUUUUAUACGAUGCAUCAUUUAGUAAUGGAAGUCGAACAAUCCAGCCCGGCGUUCGAAGCUGGCUUAAGACCGGGUGAUUUGAUAACGCACAUAAACGGCGAACCGGUGCAGGGCCUGUAUCACACUCAAGUGUUGCAGUUGAUGCUGAGUGGCGGUGACCACGUGACACUACGUAGCACGCCAUUGGAGAACACCAGCAUCAAGACGGGCGGUAGGAGGCGCGAUCUCGCGCAGAGUAAACUCGCUCGCCGGACGCUACACAAACAACGGAAGCAAAAGCGAGAUCACUCGGACAAGAAACGGAAAACGUCCCUCUUUAAACGAAUAAGCUCGAAACGAGCGAGCGUAGAGAUGCAGCAGCCGUUAACUAUCAGUUGUCCAUUGUCAGCACCCAUUUUGUCCAGCGACAGCAAACCUCCACUUAUGAUGGCCGCGGGGAUAUGUUCGCCCUCGAUGGUGACGCCUAGCCGAUCGUUCCAGUCGUUUACCCGCUCGCAGGAGACGUCACCGUACUUUGCGGCAUGUUCGAAAUCAGUUUGCAGCCCGUCCCCGCCGACGAACCGACCCAGCUCGGACUCGUACCACUCUACCGGGAAUUCCAGUCCGUGCUCGAGUCCAAACUCCUCGUCCCCGGGUUCCAACACGUCCGUGGGCAACUUGACGGGCAUCUCGAACCAGUCGCACUACCAACGUCCAAGCACGCUUCACGGUCUCAAACACAAGUUGCACACGGCCGCGAAGAACAUUCAUUCGCCGAAUCGCAGAAAAUCCGUUGGUCACAUACCGCUGUCGCCACUGGCCAGAACGCCAAGCCCGUCACCGAUUCCCGCUAGUCCGACGAGAAGUCCGAGUCCCUUGGCUUUCCCGACGGGUCAUCAACCCGGUAGCUCCAAUACCACGCAGUCUUACAGUCCAGGGGCUUGCUUAUCGACGCCAAACAGUCAAAAGAAGGGAUACGGACGACCAAAGUCCGCGGAACCAGGCUCACCGUUACUUCGACGAGCGCUCAGUCCCGAUCGGCUUCACCCACGCUCGGCCGAGAGCAAGACGUCGAUAUCACCAUUGGCGAAUACCGUCAUAAAGGUAACACCACGCGUUACCAUCGCGCAAUCGUCCCACAAUAGUAGCGAGAUCUCGGAUGAAUCCAACGACAGUUUCAAGGAGACGAAUGAGGGUGCAAAGGUCGAGAAGAAGGCAUCGAGCGAACAAAAGGCGGAUUAUUCGAAAUUGACUCAUAAUAUAUCCAUCAAUUUGAGCAACGUUAGCAUAUCAAACUCUUGCGGUAGCACGCAAUUGCCGCGAAUAGCCGAGGAGAAGGACUCUCCGACGGGCGUCAAGAGCGACGAUUACUCGUCGUCGAAGGAGAUGAGUGCGGAGAAGUGCGAGAGUAAGCAGCAUUGCGUUUCGUCGACGUGUAGUGAUCAUCGAGCGGAAGAUGUGGAGAAAGCUCGGAGUGACGAACGCCAGGCUGCGGCCAGUGGCAGCAAGGUAUCGCAAUGCAACAAAAAUACGGAGGAGAACGUAACUCAAUCGGGUCCCGCGCCGCGAACGAGUGCGCAAAAUUCACAAAAAAACUUGGAGCAGAGGCACAAGGUGCACGUUACCGAGCAGAAGGGCACUGUUAAGGGCAACGCGGAGACUCAACAACAGGAAACGAAAAAGUUGCUCAAAAGAUAUAAAACCGAUCUCAGUGAUGGCGUCCAUCCGAGCACGCACGAAAGCGGUCCAACGUUUGUCAAGGAUAAGAAGGGCAAUUAAUUUCUUCACCUUUCGAAAUGAAUUUUUAAACAAGCGGACAAUCUUUAUUUACCUGUGCGUCAAUCAAACGUGAAACCGGAAGGGAUAUUGACGAUCGCGCGCACGUGUUAACGCGUGCACGAGAGGCGAGACUAAUCAAAAAAGGAAAUCGAUGAGAAGCGAGAAAAAAAGAGAGAAAAAAGAUUCUAGAGUUUUAAUUGCGUAGCUUUAUGGAUUUCUAUAUCCAAAUCCACAGGCUUCCGUCAGCUGGAUACACAUAUAUACAUAUAUAUUUCCGAAAAGUUUUAAACUAUUUCCGUAUAAAAUGUAACGUUUGUCGUGUGAGGGGGACAUAUCGCAUGAGAUGCUUUAACUGUGCGCACGGACGAUGUGGAUAUUCGUUGUUUUAAUUGUGCAAAGUUACUAAUUCGAAAUUACAAUACCGCGUAUUAAAGUCGCUCCAGCAUGGAGACGAUUGGGAGUGAUUUGAUGCUUCGGGCUACAGUAUUUACACGAUCUCAUUUAUAUCUAAUAUAUCUAAAGUAACAUUAGCGCACAUCUCGUAUCCAUGAUGAGCAUGGUAUUCGAUAGCUCGCGUACAAUACGAAGUAGUUUUAUAAGGCGUUUCAUUGAGAGAGGAUGAGAGAGAGAGAGAAGCGUAAAGUGUCAUUUAGUUGCAAUAAUUUUUAUAAUGUACAAGAUGAUUCCGUUACGUGCAUCACGAGAGACUAUCGAAUAUAUAAAACGAUAAGAAAAUAACGAAAGAAAGUUGAAUAAUAAAAAAUCCAUAAUAGGAAGAUGUCCAUUUAUCCAUCUUUCUACGUAAUAGAUUGUAUUAAAUGCAAUUGGAAUAUCUGUGUAUUUCGCUACUCUAUAAAAUACUUGUUUCCUUUCUUGUUUCUUUAACAUAAUAAAUGACCCGACCCGCGCGAAGCGGUAAAUAAUUAAUUUAUCACCGUUUAUCACCAGUUCUCACUACACAUGUAUGCACUAUAUAUAUAUGUGUGUGAAUCACAGAUGCAUAAUCGUUUUAUUGUCUCGAUAUUUAAAUAUUCUAAAUUUAUUUUUAUUCACCAGUGCAUUCACCAGUGUGCGUCGUGCAAAAAGGAGAAAAUGCAAUCAAUGCUCGUACUUUUAUUUGUGACUUGGACGCUUUGUCACGCGCAGGCAUAUAGAUAUAACGUAAUAUAACAUAAUAUAAUAUAUGAUACGAUAACAUGUAUACAAAACUAUUUGUUAGCACACAGCAAAAUCAAACGUCUAUUCGUCGCGGAAACAUCUUGCAUACUAUAAAUUAUUAAGAUAGUGGGAAUCAUGGGCGCCCGGAGCGGGGGGCAAGGAGGGGCAAAAUCUGGAAUUGAAAAAUUGCAAUGUUAAAAUUCUAAAUCUUGAGCAAAAAAACGAAAAGAAAAAACAAAUAAAUAAUGCACAUGAAUUAUAUAUCUAUAAUAAAUUUCGAAAUGAAAAAUUUUCCUUGAGUUUCCUAUCUUUAGAGGACCCCCUCCCCCCUUGAAUUGUUUUCUGCGGGCGUCCACGGUGGGAAUGUGUGAAAGAUCAAAGCACUCGAUAUGCAAUUGCCGCAAUGCAAUUAAGGUUGUCGUUAAGCAUUAUCGUCGCUCCUUGUUAAUUUAUUGUGUAUAUAAUAUCGUAUCGAGAAACUGCUUUCACCGAAAUAUCAGCGCCGUCACAGUCCCGAAUAAAUGGUUCAUCGAGUUCGCUUCGCUUGCGGCUGUAUCAACGAAAGAAAGGAAAUCUUGCUUCGCUAGGGGGCAAGCUCCAUCUCUGCCAUAACUCGUUUACGCGUUAUACGAUUUGAUAUCCGUAACUCUAUGUCAGUCACCAAUUAAUUAACUAAGAGCCAAUUGUUCAUUUUGCAGUUAUUAAUAAUAACGCGCGCUAACAUUUGUCAAAUUGUCACUGCUUUUUUCAAUGAGGUGCGUGCUUGCGUGCGUGUGUGUGCAUGCGCGAAUGCAGACUCUAUUCGUGGAUAGAAAUAGAGAUUGUUGAUACAUGUUUUUAAUAAUUACUCUAUAAGUCUCCUUUGCAUCUAUAUACACACACACGCGUAUAUGUGCAUAAUUUGUAUACUAUACAUGUGUGCGUAUAUAUAUGCUAAAUGAAGAUUCUAUAUUAAUAAUUAUAUUAAUACACUAACGAUUAACAACUUUACGUGUGUAUAGUAUUUAUGAAAUAUAAAAUAAAUUUCUCGCGCGUCCGUCGGUGCGAAGCGCGCGUGUUGUCGUCACGAAAUCUGAAAGCGACUUAAUUCGGCCUGAGAUACAGCCAGGUUCACACUUAAACUAUCUGUACCGAUUUACUCUGUAGUUUUAGCAGUCUAGUUGUAAGAAUGUUAGCGCUCGCUUCACGGAAUGCUGCUCGGUAUAGCGGUCAAGCUUAUUAUUCUAAAUGUCCAAAUAUUGCUCAUGUUCAUUCAGUGAAGCGCGAUAUAUUUACAAUUAAGCUUCUGUAUACGCAUAAAUAUAUAAAUGUAUAUCAAGAGGAUAUGUAUAUAUAUUUAUAUAUUUCUGUAAACAUUUCUGUCAAAAUGUUUCAGACAAAAGUAAAGGCGUUGAGCUUUUCACCAAGUCGAGCAAUUCGAUAGCGACUCUCCGCGCGCAUUCCGCGCAUCCGUAAUGUGCGUUUCUUUAUUGUUAAACUUGUUUCUCAAAUUUCAAUGAGUACAAUCAGUUUCGGGGUAUACCCGUGUAGAUAUCGCUCAUUUUAUAUAUAUGUACAUGUGUACACACACACACACAUGUAAUAUUUAUUAAUGUACCCGGAGAGUCGUAGGUAUCUCAAUCAACGUUAAACUGAAAAGGUGAAAUAUCGACUUGAAACGAAUUAUGCACUCACUGCGUCCUCGUGCAGGGCUUUUCCCAGGAUUUCGCACUUCUGUCUCUCGUUUGUAUGUUUCUGCACAUGUUAUUGAAUUAUUACGAUGUUAAUACUGACGUCCAUUAUGUCUAGCUAAGACUUGAAAAAAAAAAAGAUUGUCAUUGUAAACCCUUGCGAUUAAAGCGCGGCUAAGUUCCCUAAGAACGCGUUGCACGAGCCGUACCGUAAACGAUAAAAAGACGACAGAAAAGACGAAACGAGGAUUAAAUAAACGGCAAAGGUUUCCUGCGUAAUUUCGAAAAGCCACACAAUUUAUGAGUUUCAGCAAGAUUAUCUCAGUUUAUCGUUAAUGAGAAAUCUUCGUUUGAAUUUAUCGUCAGUCGAGUCAUUUGUCAUUAAGAAAUGGUCAAGUUGCACGUGAUGUAAUCGGCGUUGUUUGAAAGUUUACGAUAAUUUAUCUAAGAAAAGAUUUACGUCAUAAGUUAGAAGAAGAAAAUCGAAACACGUAUUGGAGCCGGGGAAUAAAUUAUACUUCAUUAUUUUCGUAAUCACGGAUAAGAGCGCAGACGUAACGGAAAUGAUUAUAAUCGUAACGGCGAUUAUAUCGGAGAGACACGAUCGAUUAUAAUCGGAAGACUAAGUCGUAAGAUUGAAGGAAACGCUGGAUGUUUCCACGCAAGUUUCACAUGAUACAAGAUAGUGAAUGUCCUUUACGUAGACUAUCCUAACUAUACGGUAUGUAUGAGAAUGAUACGUUAUUGUAUGUGAUAAGUGGAAGCAUCAUUGUUAUUUCGUUUUGAGUUGCAUAAAAAAAGAGGGAGUAAAAGAGUCGUUUUCGUCAUCGCAUUUAGACACGUAGGCUGCAUCAUUAAUCAAAUAUACGGAAAGUUGAGCGAAAGAGAGAAUGACUGUGGCUUUUAAUAUUGUACGUAUAUUCUUUUUGCGUGAGAGAAACUAACGACUUUAUCGUGAGAGUGCAUGUUGAUGCGUGUGGAAUGCAAUUAUCUUGUUGAACAUUUAAAAACUUUAGUGCAAAAGUAAUAAAUUGCUAAUUUUAAGAUUCGUUUCACGCGCGACUGUCAAGUUAUUUUUGUUCUCGCGUUAUGUACUUGGAUAGCGUUACUCUUUACGUCGUUUGUAAUGUUUAGCUGAGAAGAAGAGAAGCGGAUCCGUGUUGUUGCUCUUUCUUUGCUUUACUGCCUCCGUUGCAUGGUACAGUUUUUCUCUUUGAGACUUGAAAAAUUAUCCAAUCUUUUCUAUUUUUGCACAUGCAUAAGCGGCAGCUUGGAUGAGCAAUUAUCAACUAUGUACACUCAUAUAUGUUCCUUUUGUAUCAUUAUUGAGAGCAAGCGAGAGAGAAAGAGAGAAAAAAAAGAAAGAAAGAAAGAUUGUAUCUAAUGUGAUUGUAACACAGGAUUUAAAAAUUUGUAUAAAUACUAAUAAUUUAUCGCCCUGAA